UGCAACUAAGUAACAGAAAAACAGUUAUUAAGACACAGAGAGAGAAGAGGCAUGUUUGUCGGGAUGAAGACUGAGCAAAUCUCAUCUCUUUACUUACUUUCUAUAAUCAUUUUCUUACCAAAAUGUUUCUUUCUCUCUCUAUUCUUGCACUCUCCCCUUAAUCUAUUUCUCUAAGACAAUUUGAGUGAUUAAGGGAGAGAAGAUAGAGAGUUUCUUCUUCUUCUCCAAUGGCUUCUUCCCCUGAAUCUGCUCCCCCACCGUCAAAUUCAAGCUCUUCUCCGUCUCCACCGUCUCCAUCUCCUCCUCCUCCUACUCAAGAAGGCUCAUCACCUCCUCCUCCUGAUUCCACCUCACCACCAGCUCCACAAGCUCCUUCUCCCCCGGAUUCCAGCAAUACCUCUCCUCCUCCACCGGCAUCACAGGGUGGUGGAGGAAAUGGCGGCGGCAAUGAGUCUCCACCGUCACGUGGCUCCCCUCCUUCUCCUCCAUCUAGGGGUGGAGAUAAUGGUGGUAGUAGAACGUCACCAUCUGGAGAUAAUGGUGGCUCUCGCUCGAAUAAUUCUCCCUCUAGUGGAGGUGGCAGCAGUACUAGUGGUGGAGGUAGCGGCACUAGCGGUGGAGGAGGAAUUAAUACGAAUACGGCGAUCAUUAUAGGUGUAUUAGCUGGAGCUGGACUAUUGAUGAUCGUGCUUAUUAUUGUGUGUCUUAGACGCAGAAGGAAGAGCAAAGAUUCCUUCGACGCUGAAUCCAUGAAAGGAAAUCAAUAUCAAUACUAUGGAAACAACAACAACAACAGCAACAAUGCUUCACAGAAUUAUCCAAAUUGGCACCUAAAUUCACAAGGCCAAAACCAACAACCUUCUGGUGGUUGGGGAGGCGGUGGACCAUCACCGCCUCCUCCUCCACGGAUGCCUACAAGCGGAGAUAAUUCUUCCUUGUACUCAGGACCAGCACGCCCGGUUUUACCUCCUCCGCCACCCACUCUAGCCCUCGGAUUCAACAAAAGCACUUUUACAUACCAAGAGCUCGCGGAUGCAACAGGAGGCUUUGUGGAUUCUAACCUUUUGGGACAGGGAGGAUUUGGGUAUGUGCAUAAAGGAGUGUUGCCUAAUGGAAAAGAAGUCGCGGUUAAGAGUUUAAAAUCAGGUAGUGGGCAAGGAGAAAGAGAGUUUCAAGCUGAGGUUGAUAUCAUUAGCCGUGUGCAUCAUCGAUAUCUUGUUUCUUUGGUUGGAUAUUGUAUUGCUGAUGGGCAGAGAAUGUUGGUUUAUGAGUUUGUUCCUAACAAUACUUUGGAAUAUCAUCUUCAUGGGAAGAAUCUUCCAGUAAUGGAUUUCUCCACCAGGAUGCGUAUCGCAUUAGGUUCUGCGAAAGGACUCGCAUAUCUUCAUGAAGACUGCCAUCCUCGGAUCAUUCACCGUGACAUCAAGUCUGCAAACAUUCUCUUGGACUUCAACUUUGAUGCAAUGGUGGCUGAUUUCGGAUUGGCUAAGUUAACUUCUGAUAACUACACUCAUGUAUCUACUCGUGUGAUGGGAACUUUCGGAUAUCUAGCUCCAGAAUAUGCAUCGAGCGGUAAAUUAACUGAGAAGUCGGAUGUUUUCUCGUACGGUGUCAUGUUGUUGGAACUAAUCACUGGGAAACGACCGGUUGAUAGUAGCAGUACCAUGGACGACACCUUAGUAGACUGGGCUCGUCCUAUCAUGGUUCGUGCGCUAGAAGAGGGAAACUUUAAUGAGCUCGCAGAUGUAAGGCUUGAAGGCAACUACAACCCGCAAGAAAUGGCUCGAAUGGUGACUUGUGCCGCUGCUAGCAUUCGUCAUUCUGGACGUAAACGCCCAAAGAUGAGCCAGAUUGUAAGAGCGUUAGAAGGAGAAGUGUCACUAGAUGUUUUAUAUGAAGGUGUGAAGCCGGGACAUAGCAACAUUUACGGGACAUCAGGAACAAGCUCAGAUUAUAGCCAGACAUCUUACAAUGCAGAUAUGAAGAAAUUCAGACAGAUAGCUUUGUCGAGCCAAGACUUCCAAAGCAGUGAAGGUGAAGGAUCAUCUAACAAUGAUUCUAAAGAGAUUAAAAGUCCUAAUGCUCCUAAAUGAAAUCUCUUUUGAAACGACCAGUGGUAGAUUGAUUUUCUUGGGAUAAUAUGAAUAAAGGAUUUUUGAAGGAUUUUGAGGUUCUGAGAGUAGAAGCAUGUAAGCUAAAAAGUAAUGUUUAGAAUGUUUCUCAGACAGAUUAUAUUAUAUGUUUCAUUUCUAUAGCGAUUUUAUUCAAUUCUCAGACAUGAACAUAUAACAAAUGCUUGAUUUUUGGAUUUUUUUUUAAUCUUCAGUAUUGUUAAUAAAAAAGGUACAAGCUUUUGGAACUUACCACUUUGUUCUUACAAGUUUUUUUCAUGUGAUAAUUAUGUUUGGUCAAAGACCUGUAACCCAAAUCCGACCUGAGGAUCAAUCCUUACCCAGUCCGAUUCUAAAAGUACAUGAAAGAAUCUCGUAGGACGGUAUUUGGGCAUUGGCUAUCAUCUGAAUCUGUAUACCCAAAAUUUUUGAAAAUCUGAAAAUCCAAAUCCAAACAAAUAUUCGAAGAUUUGAAUUAAUACUCAAAAUAAGUAUUUAAAAUCUAAUUUAUAUUUAUUUUGAUAUGAUUUGUAAAAGUACCCGAACUCGAAGUUGUAACUCGAUCUUGUGGUAGAGUACCCUACUAGAACACACUUGGCAACUAAUUCUUGGGGUAUGAUAUCUCAAAAUUCCUUAAGCACUUGAUGCACUUCCUGAGAAAGAAGUUAAGAGCAAUCAACACUAUGGCUAUUGUUUAAAGAUUGAUGAUACUUUACCUAUGUUAGCAGCCACAAUUGCUGCGCCCUCUCAGACACAAAUUAUGGAAGAAAUUCCAUCACAAGUUAACAUUUUCGAAGCUUCACAUGCUUCUGAAAAUGAGCAACAAGUUGGUCCUCUCUCGCCUCUCACUCCCAACCAUCAUUAUUUCCACAUGGAGCCGGAGACUCCUCUUGCUUAUGGAAAAGAAACUGGUUUAGAAGUGGUUGGAGAAACCUCUAGUUAUAACUUAACUAGAGGAGGAAGACCAAUAAAACCAACACAAAAGGUUCAAGAAAUGGAAUGGACAAAUGUUAGAGGAAGGGGUAAAAAAGGUCGACGUGGCCGAGGAAACCAUUUCCACUAGUUUGGUCUUUUUUUUCUUUCCUAUUAGGUUUCAUUUGUGAACCCUUCACUCGGGUUGUGCUAAAACCCUCCUCUUGUUGCAAACUUUUUCAAACUUAUGAGUGAAAACUCAUACUUGUACCAUUUAUGCAUUUUAAUAUGAAAGCCUUUUACAAAAAAAAAA